AUGGGUGCACAAUGCAAUGAAUGUAUCAAGGGAACGAUCCAUGCCGGCCUUCCCAUCGGCCAUGAAGAAACCAUCCACGGCUUGAACACCUACGUCGUCGGUAACCCCCUCACUACCCGCGCCACAGUAGUAAUCUACAGCGACAUAUUUGGACAUCUCCUUCCCAACAACAAACUCCUCGCCGACGCCUACGGGGCAUCAGGGGAAUAUCUCGUGUACCUCCCUGAUUUUUUCGAAGGGGAUCCUGUAAAUUUGAAGGUUGCUGAUUUAUUGAUUCCCGUUGAUGCGACAAAACAGGGCACGUUGGGGAAAUAUACGGGGAUUUUGGCUAGUAUGCCUAGUUUUUUGAUGUGGAUGGGAAGACACAAGGAAGCGAGGUGUACGACUGUUUGUAAUGGAUUUCUUGAGAAAUUGAGGGUUGAGACGAAAGGGGAGAGGAAAAUUGGCAUGGUAGGAUUUUGUUGGGGAGGAAGAUAUGCAAUUCGUGCUGGUCUUGAGGAGAAUAUGGUUUCGAUUGAAGGAGGGAAGAAACCAUUGAUUGAUGCAGUGGUGGCUUUGCAUCCGAGUAAUUUGGUAUUUCCAAGGGACGUAGAUGGAUUGGUUGUCCCGGUUAGUUAUGGAUGGGGGGAGAAUGAUCUUGCGGUUAAUAUUAAGUCGAAAGGUAUUAUUGAGGAGAUUCAUAAGGAGGGCGAGAAGGGGAGGAGCGUACCGGAGAUGGAACAUCGGAUUUACAAACCUGGACGUCAUGGGUUUGCUGUGAGAGGUAAUCCUGAUGAUCCUCAAGAGAGAGCGUGCUUGGAGGAUUCGAUGAAGCAAGGCUUACAGUGGUUAGGGAAGUGGCUUUGA